AUGAAAGAUAGCUUCAGUAUACUGCAACCAGGGGAAGAGGCCCAAUUACUUGGCGAUGAUGACGCAGGGGAUGAUAGCACCGUAUUCCGUGUAACUGACUCAUCUUUAGAUUCCCUCGCAACUCCUGUGGGGAAAGCAUCAAGUGAAAUCGUAGAUAACAAUUCAAGUUCUACAAUCACACAAAUACACAAAUCCACUCCCCAAGUAGCUGGCGUAAAACGGUCCAGUGAUGCCUUGCAAACCACCUCGAAUGAAAACAGUGAAGCGUCAGCAGACAGCAAGGAGAUUACAUCAGUUUCGAACGAAAUUCAGCUGAAUGAAAAUUCUACCUGUUCCGAACUUCAGGUGUUAGCAAAACGAGCAAAUCGAUUUGGACUGCUCCGUCCUGCUGGUGGUUUGAGUCUUACCGAUGACAAACUCGUGGCUCGAGCUAAGCGUUUCGGUUUGCCUGUGGCUGAGGGUCUCACUGGCGUUGAUGGAUUGCGGCCCAUCACAACGGGGUCGCCCGUUAUUUCCACAGACGAAGCAGACAAAUUGCGUCGUCGAGCCGAACGCUUUGGUGAAGUCACCAGCAAGCCAGUGCAAAAGGUAAAUCAAUUGUAUAAAAUGCUGUUUGGAUGCUAG